AUGAGCUGUGAGGAGAUGAGCCGCCGCCCCCCGCUCCCGCCGGCGGCGGCCCCGCCGCUGGUGGACGACAACCUCCUCUCGGAGAUCCUCCUCCGCCUCCCGCCAGAUCCGUCCUCCCUCCCUCGCGCCUCCCUUGUCUCCAAGCGCUGGCUUGGAAUCGUCUCCGACCCCGGCUUCUCCCGCCGCUUCCGCCUCCACCACCGCCACAACCCACCUCUCCUCGGGUUCUUCUACCACGUCUCGGACUUCGAACCUGCAAUGGAUCCCCCCAAUCGUGUCCCGGAUUCCCACCUCUCUUCGUGCCUCGAGACCCUCGACGACGACCGCAUCUGGUACUUGAUGCCCUUGGGAUCCCGCCAUGGCCUCCUACUCACCUUCUGCGAAUUGUGGAACAAGCUCCUGGUGUGGGACCCCUUCAACAUCGACCAGCACCACCUUGCCGUUCCCCCGGAGUUCGAUUUGGAGAAGGCCCUGGUCAGCUGGGCCAGCGGGGCGGUGUAUCGCGCCGCCGGAGACAGCCAACACUUCCAGGUGGUCUUGGUAGGCACAGAGACAGCUGACCAACAACAUACACGGGCAAUCGCCCGUGUUUACUCAUCGGAGACUGGCGGAUGGGGUGAUAUUGUCUCGACACCGCUUCCAUCCAAGGCUUCUAGUUCUACUAUGGGCGAAUUUCCCACCAUGAUUACAAUGUUCGUAACUAUCAGUGUGCUAGUUGGGCAUUCCCUUUACUGGUUGCUCAUUGACAGAUCGGCAGAAAUUAACACAUUGGAUGGCAUCCUUGAGUUUGAUUUGGAGAGGCAGAUCCUAGCUGUGAUACCGGUGCCAGUAGAUAUUGCCAAUAAUAGUCUAGCCCAGUUCCAGGUUAUGCGGGCAGAGGGUGGUGGCCUUGGUAUUCUCUCUUUGUCAAAAUUCAGCGCCCAAUUAUGGAAGAUGGAGACCGAUUCUGAUGGUGUUGCUUCAUGGAUACUGCAAAGAACUAUCAAUCUAGUUAAACUACUUUCCACGGAUUCAGAUAUUGAGAGAGGGCCGCCCCCAAUGAUAUUAGGGUUUGCUGAGUACAAUAAUGUGGUAUUCCUACGGACACAUAUUGGCGUCUUCACGAUCCAGCUUGAGUCCAUGCAGUUCAAGAAAGUUUCCAAAACCCUCAUGGGUCGCUAUUUUCCAUUCGAAAGUGUCCAUGCUGCAGGAGGCAAGCGUAUUGGUGGUGGACAUGAUGGAGCUGAACUUUUACAUAAUACAUAA